UUAUUUUCAAAGAAAAAGAGAAGCAAAUCUGUGAUUUUUUUUUCCUUUCUUUUUGAGAUUUAAUUUGUCAUAUUUUGUUUUUGGUGUUAAUGGGCAAUUGCAUGGAGAGAUGGUUGCAAGGAGAAGGGGAAGAUGGAAAGAUAGAGGUGAGAGAAAGAGCAGAAGAGUCCUUCAAACUUGAUGGUAAUGAUAAUGAAGAUGGUCAUGGUGGGAUGAAGGUGAAGAUAGUGCUUACGAGACAUGAAUUGGACAUGUUUUUGCUUCAGAUGAAUAGGAAUCAUGAUGGAAACUUGAUGAUUACCAGAGAUGUUAUGGUAGAGCUAGAGAAGAGGAUCAUAAGAGCUUCAUCAUUGUCAUCACCAUCGUCGAUCGCAUGGGAACCGUCUUUAGAGAGCAUUGUGGAGUGUCCAGAAGUCCAGGAAAUGGAUAGAUGAAGAUUGUAUAAAGAUGUGAUCUAUGA